AUGGCUCUCGUUAUUAUGAAUGUCUUACUUCUUUUAUUCUCGGUAGUCUUAGUUCGUUCCGAUCAAACUACCACGCCUCUCAAAUCCUUUAAGAUAAAUCCAGGAUAUUUUGGCGACGGACGUGUUUGGUCAUAUGGAUUUUGGAAGGGUAAAGAUGGAAAAGGAUGUUACAAUACAGCUUGUUCAGGGUUUGUUCAAGUAUCACAGACGAUCCCCAUAGUUCAACCCAUUGAUAUUUCACCAACAGAACCUUCCUUUUUACGUCCCUUCAUACAUCAGGAUAAAAAUACAGGGAACUGGUGGCUUACAUAUCUGGGGCCAGAUAAACCCAACGGUGAUCUCGGUUAUUGGCCAAAAGAAUUAUUUGACCAUUUUGACAAUGGUGCGAAUAUGGUUGGAGUAGGUGGUGUGGUUAAAGCUUCGCCUUCUGGUUCAAGCCCUCCAAUGGGUAAUGGUAAAUUUCCAGAUGGAGGCCGGAGAACUUCAGCAAUUUUUGCAAACAUUGAUGUCUUGAAUUCUAACUACGAGCAAAGUAAAAUCAGUUCUUUUCCUAUUGAGAUAUUGGUAGAUAGUCCACAAUGCUACGGGCUAAGAGUCGGUACGGUAAAGUGGUACCGUCGUACUCGUCUAGGGUACUUUUUCAAUUACGGUGGUCCAGGAGGAAACUCUUGUGGAGUUUGA